AUGGCCUCCUUACCAGGAAUCCUUGUCAUUGGAGCAGGUGAACUGGGAUUGCAAGUGCUUCGCUGUUUAGCUGCGCAUCCCCGCCAUACUCCUGGAACGGUAGCCGUCUUACUGCGCCCCGCCAGCAUCAACUCGUCUUACCCCGCCAAACAGACAGAAAUCGAAACCUUACGUGGCCUAGGUUUUGACCUGGUACCGGGUGACAUUGUCGAAGACUCUGGAGAAUCCCUGGCUUCGGUAUUUGCGCAUUAUGGCACGGUUAUCGGCUGUACCGGGUUCGUGUCUGGCCAGGGCAUUCAAUUGAAAGUCGCUCGGGCUGUAUUAGCUGCAAACGUGUCGCGCUUUGUCCCCUGGCAGUUUGGCGUGGACUAUGAUGCUAUUGGGCGUGGAUCGCCGCAAGAUCUGUUCGAUGAGCAGUUGGAUGUUCGUGAUCUCCUCCGGUCGCAGAGGCAGACCCGCUGGGCUAUCAUUUCCACGGGCAUGUUUACCAGCUUCUUAUUCGAGCCAUCGUUUGGCGUGGUUGACUUGGAGAAUGCUAUAGUUUGUGCACUGGGUAGUUUGGAGAAUCAAGUCACGGUCACCACGCCGGAGGAUAUUGGGAGAAUAACGGCUGAAAUCGUGUUGGGUGAAGAGAGCGACGCGCUCUUUGCCGAUCGGCCGAUCUUCGUGGGAGGCGAUACUGUCAGCUAUGAAGAUGUGGCUCGCAUUGUAGAGUCCCUGGUUCAAAAGCCGGUGAAGCGGAACGUUAUCACUGUCGAGGAUGCACUGGCUGCUCUUGCCAAAGACCCGGAUAAUGGAUUACUUAAAUAUCAAGCAGUCUUUGGCCAGGGGCGUGGUGUCGCGUGGGAUAUGGAUAAGACGUGGAAUCGCCAGCGUGGAAUGAGCAUCACAACAGCCAAAGAAUGGGCGACAGCUAACUUACUGUCAAUGAUCUCUUAA